GACUGAGCACGGCCCGGUGGCGCUGGGCGGACGCUACAUGGCAGAGGGCGAAGGGUACUUUGCCAUGGCCGAGGACGAGCUGGCCGGAGGCGCCUACAUCCCCCUGGGCGGCGACUUCAGCGCGGGCGAGUUCGGCGGCGGCGGCGGCGACGGCUUAGGCGGGCCCUGCGUGGACUACUGCGAAGGCGCCACCGCGCACUGCAACGUGCUGAGCUGGGAGCAAGUGCAGCGGCUGGACGGCAUCCUGAGCGAGACCAUCCCGAUCCACGGGCGCGGCAACUUCCCCACGCUGGAGCUGCAGCCCAGCCUCAUCGUCAAGGUGGUGCGGCGGCGCCUGGCCGAGAAGCGCAUCGGCGUCCGCGACGUGCGCCUCAACGGCUCGGCCGCCAGCCACGUCCUGCACCAGGACAGCGGCCUGGGCUACAAGGACCUGGACCUCAUCUUCUGCGCCGACCUGCGCGGGGAGGAGGAGUUUCAGACUGUGAAGGACGUCGUGCUGGACUGCCUGUUGGAUUUCUUACCCGAAGGGGUGAACAAGGAGAAGAUCACACCACUCACGCUCAAGGAAGCUUAUGUGCAGAAAAUGGUUAAAGUGUGCAAUGACUCUGACCGCUGGAGUCUGAUAUCCCUGUCAAACAACAGUGGCAAAAAUGUGGAACUGAAAUUUGUGGAUUCCCUCCGGAGGCAGUUUGAAUUCAGUGUAGAUUCCUUUCAAAUCAAAUUAGACUCUCUUCUCCUCUUUUACGAAUGUUCAGAGAACCCGAUGACUGAAACAUUUCACCCCACGAUAAUCGGUGAGAGCGUCUAUGGUGAUUUCCACGAAGCCUUUGAUCACCUUUGUAACAAGAUCAUUGCUACCCGGAACCCGGAGGAAAUCAGAGGGGGAGGCCUGCUUAAGUACUGCAACCUCUUAGUGAGGGGCUUUAGGCCAGCCUCCGAGGAGAUCAAGACUCUCCAAAGGUAUAUGUGUUCGAGGUUUUUCAUUGAUUUCUCAGACAUUGGAGAGCAGCAGAGAAAACUGGAGUCCUACUUGCAGAACCACUUCGUGGGAUUGGAAGACCGCAAGUAUGAUUAUCUCAUGACCCUGCAUGGAGUGGUGAAUGAGAGCACAGUGUGCCUGAUGGGACACGAGAGAAGACAGACUUUAAACCUUAUCACCAUGCUGGCUAUCCGGGUGCUCGCUGACCAGAAUGUCAUCCCUAAUGUGGCUAACGUCACGUGUUAUUACCAGCCGGCUCCCUAUGUAGCAGAUGCUAACUUUAGCAACUACUACAUCGCACAAGUUCAGCCGGUGUUCACAUGCCAGCAGCAGACAUACUCAACUUGGCUACCCUGCAAUUAGCAGUCAUUUAGAAAUGUCCCGUGGGGAAGCCAUUUCGGCAAAAGUGGAAAAAAAGACAAAAAAAAAAAAAGGAGUAACCCACCCCUAAUUGGGGAUGUGUUUUGUGCAAUGAUGAUAUGCUCCUGGUUUUAAGCUUGGCAAAGUUUAUGGCUCUUCUCAUCCAUAUGGGAGCAUGAUCUAUAAACCGUGACCCUCCUUAGUGGUCCCCUUCCCUCCCACUCAAUUGGAUUCUGCCUUGAAACAAAAGAGACCUAACAUUUAAAGCAACCGGGUUCUCUUAAAACAAGGGACAAAUUCUAGAUGACAAUAUGGGUUUGCAGUAACUGCUCCCGUAGCUUUGCCAUGGUGGGGGAAAGUGGUUGAAAAACUUUUAAGGUUGAUUCAUAAAAGGGGAACUGCAGAGGAAAACAGUCUCACCCCACCUUGUUUAUUAGUUCAGGAGUUCAGAUAGUAACAAUACGGGAAGAAGGGGAACUCCAGCUUUGGGAUUUUACCUGAGGCCUGUAGCGAGUGCUGUCUGUAGAAUGAUCCUGUUGGGCCUAUAGAAACAACUUGCUCCGAAUGGACAGUAGUGGGUUGCUGCAGUUCUGGUAACAGACAGCAGAACUUGUGGUGACACAAUCCAUUAAUUCCAGCUGCGUACAUAGCUCGCAUUUUUUAAAAUGUAAAAUGCAAGCAAAAACAGCUGUAGUGAAGAAAAUAUGCUCAAGGACCAAAGAUUUAACGGAUAAAAACACCCAAGUACAGAGAUAAUAGAAUAGAGUUACUAUAUUUGUUACACUCCAGUAUACAUCAAAGUGCCUGUUGCUUUCUGAAAAUUUGAAGUGGAAAAAUUAUUUUAUGGUUUAAUAAUAAUUUUAUUUUAUCAGGGACUCAGAAGAAAAUAAAACAAUAUAUAAGCUUGUGAAUGGAGGAGGAAGUGCCCUAUUUUUUCUUGACAAAUGCCUGUAUAAAGUUGACAUUGUUGGUGUGAUGUUAUCAUAGGUACAUGUGUAUAUUAUGUGUGCAUAUGCAUACAUGCUGUAUGUGUAUAUAUAUACACACUACAAUGGCUAUGAUCUAGAACAGUGUAUCAAAUAGGAAAUGUUUAAAUACUGUGUGCUUUUAUGUUUAGGAUGACAUGUAACAUGGGCGUAUUGCAAUGAUGAAUUAAAAGCCACAUCUAAACAAAUUAAAGCAAACAAAGGGGGGAAAUAAGUAAUAUAUUUGAUAAGAGCAGAGAUUAUACAUUUUUGGUGAGGUUUCUGGGUUUUUUGUUUAUUUUUUUUUGUGCGUGAGCCAGAAAAUCCCACAAAUGGCAGAGUGUUUGGCAGAACACUUUAAAAACAAUAUUUGAACUGCCAUCUUGACAGUUUGAGCCCAUUUUUUUCUCUUUGGAAUAACUGCAUACCUGCACAGUAUGUCAUCUUGUGGAUCGUGAAUCAGUGGUAGGCUACCUAAAUCCUUAACUGCUACAAAUAAUUUCUGGUGAUCUGAACACUACUUAUAAAUAUUUAAAUGAAUUUUUAAAUGAAUGCAUUCUGCAUUUUGGGACCACUAGAAUUUAGUAAAUGUGAAAUGACCCUUUUUAAAGAGUAUUUGCACAAUUGCAUAAAGUUUAUAUAUGAGAUAUAUAUUAUAUAUAACAUUUUAUAGAUUUAUGCCAGUAUGAAACAUCUUCGAUCUGGUUGUCUAACUGCAUUUAAAUAUUUAGUACUGUACUUUAAAUUUAAUCACUUUGCAUUAAGUCAAACCCAACUUUAUUUUCUCUUUUCUAAGAGACCGGUUAUACCCUUGUGAAAUAAACUAGCAUUACUAUUUUAGUUUGAUGACCGCUAAUCCUAAAACCACCCCUCUGCCUACCCCUCUAGGCACUGGUCUCUGAAAAUGCAUUUGUUCAAACUAACACGUAAAAACCACAUAAUCCCUACCAACCCUAAUGGAAGACUGCCUACUACGAUAAUUUCCCUGAAGACCCAACCAGAAAAAUUUCGUCAUUAAAGAGGGAUCAGGGAAGGAAGUAGCGUUCUCCUGUUGGCAGUGUAAUUUGUUUGUCUGCUACCUGGGCAUCUGUCAGAUGCUAAAUACUGCAGCAAUCCAGGUUAAUCUGUCUGGAUACCUGUGGUACAUCUUUCUCUGAAGCCUCAAGGGGAACCUAAUUGGUUUGCUAUAGCAGCUUCCUGGUGAGUUCUGUCAGAGCUGUCCAGGCCCUGCACUGCCACUCACCAUUUUCUAGGGAGCUGUUCUGCUGCCAUGUUGGCAUGGUCGCCUUCACCCCAGCCCUGGGUUUGAAAAAUGAGUUGCAAAGUCCUAGGAAACAUUAUUCAACUUGCAGAAUAAGCCUGGUACUCAUCUGUCAGAAACCAGAGCUCUGCCUGCUUGGCUAUUUGAACGUUUUCUACAAGAAAACUAAAGGAAUGCUGAGGAGCGGAAGAGCCACUGGGGAUCUGCUUUCUCCUCACCCCCACUCCACAAAUGAGUUGUCUACCAUUUUAAAGAGUGUGGAGGUAUGGCCCUUCCAUAGCAACAACCUGCUGUUAAUUUCUGACAGGUUUUUGUUUGGAGAAGCCUUUUUUGAAAAUACACUUUUCAUUUAUUUUCUCAAAUAUUUAUAUUCUUUUCUUGCUUACUUCAGGGUUCGUAGCUUAGUUAAUACCUGGCAUUCAGUUAGAACAGCCUGUACUCGACAACUUUCAGCAUUUACUUUGAGACUUACAUAAUUUAUUUCUCUCUUGUGUGUACUAUAGUCUUGUGCAUAUGUAGUUGAAUGUGCAGUGUGAUAUAUGUCUCCGUGGGUGUGUGGCCUAAAAAUUUGAAUGUGUGGUGAGAGCUGUGUGUGUGUUACGUCCAAGAGAAGAACAGCUCUGAACUCCUGAUUUGUGCCUGUGAUUAGUUUGCUUCUGUGUGUAUCUGGCCUAGUGUGCUGUUACUCUGAAAUUAGGAAGAAGUCUUUUUCUUCUGGAAACUUCUCUCACCUGUCCAGUGUGGCGUGUCAGAGAACACUUACCUUGUGACAUGCCCUCUUAAAAUGUUUACUUCAUCUGCGGUAAAUCCAGCUGCUUCAGCAACUUCUACACCACGAUGGACUUUUCCCUUCCAGAAAUGGGAUCAAGGAUGUGCUCACUUUGGUACUGGAUGGCCUAUUUCAGUGUGGGUCCAAAAAAGGCAAAAAUGGAAGGACUUUUGUACUCCAAGCCAAGAAGGAAAUGAAAUAAGUGAACGUACUAUUUUUACCACCCCUUUCUGUUUGCUUAUUGUUGGUUGCUUUACUGUGCAUAAGGUUGUUAGAUAAAUAUUGUGAAUUCUUUUGUAAAUGAAAUGUAUUAUGUUGAAAGCCGUCAGAAACCGUCAAAUAUAAGCUUUUUUUGUUGUUGAAGAUGAAGUGUGUUAGAUGAAACCAAAAAGUAAAAAAAAAAAGUGACUUCAUAUAUAGCACCUGUUUGAAUAUAAUCUUUCUUUAAGAUUUCUUUUAGCAUAGCCUUUCAGCGCUAAGAAAGAAUAUAUAAAUUUUAUUGUAGUACUGGCUUGCUAACAAAGUAAAUGGUAAAGGUACAAAGUGGGAAGAUGUCAGGGUGACUGGGAAGACUUGCUGGAAAGCUUUGCAGAAUGAAGGAGGCUCUGCCUGCUGGCUAUCUCUCCCUCCCAUCUCUACAACCGUUGCUUACUCCGAGGCAUCCUACUGCAGCAAGCUGCACCUUGGGUCACUCUUUUGGAAUAUUAUGACUGUAGUGUGUCACAGGCAGAAAAGGAGUUGAUUGAAAGUGGACUCUUGAAAACUGACAAAUUUGAAUCAGUGCUAGAGGGAACAGAUUGUGAAUUUUGUUUACAGCAUCCAAUAUUUGGAUUUUUUUGUAAAUAAAAAGAAGUUAUUUUUUUCUAUGGA